AUGAGCUCCUCGACGUCCGUCCGCGACGAUGACGCGCCGGACCUCGUCUGCCAGAUCGACUGCGUCCACGGCAUGGUCGACGCGCUCUCCUCCGUCCGCUGGAAGCGCCACCAGGACGCGGUGAUGGAGCUGUCGGAGCACGGGAUCGUGCUCUCAGUCGAGGAGAGCGGGUGCCUCCUGGCCAAGGUCUUCCUCAAGCGCGAGCUGUUUGUGGAGUACGACUAUGCGGGGGACGGGAGGCAGCGGUUCGGCCUCAGCCUGGGUCUCUUCGUCGACUGCCUCAACAUCUUCUCAUCGCCAGGCCACGCGUCUGCUGUCGAGAUCCGUUACCCUGGCCCCGACAUGCAGCUUCUCCUCAAGUCCGUGGGCUCUCCAGAUGCAUGUCUGUAUGCAGAAAUCAGAACCAGAAUUCCAGAUACGGUCUCUUGGGAUUACCAUUUUGAGCAUGAUGGGAAUACUCCAGUCACUUUUACCGUCAAGUCCGCUGUCCUGAAAGAAACAAUCGAUGACCUUGAAUGGCCAGGUUCCAGCAUUCAGAUUCGAAUGCAACCAGAUCCUCCAACAGUUAUAUUGAAAGGCGAAGGUCAUGGCGACUUGCAGAUUGAGUUCCCCUAUUAUGCAAAUUCCGACCUUCUAAUCGUGUUCCAAUGCGACCAUGAAGUGUCAUACAGGUAUAAAUACAAGUUUCUUCGAGCAACUACCUCGAACAUCCCCAGUAGUGUCAUGAAGGAUAAUCGUAGGACGAAAGCCUCCAUUGGGAGGGGAGGGAUGCUGAAAAUCCAGCACCUGGUUUCACUUGCCAGGCCAGGUAUGCCAUACUUCCGUAAUAUUGGUGGAGGAACCGAGCAGACAAGCCGAAUCGCCCAUAUAGAAUUCUUUGUGAAGCCAGAAGAAGAUGAUAAUGAUGCCUAG